AUGAGUCUCAGUUCUUAUGAGAUCGAGCUACCCGUCAAUAAGGAGUCACCUUAUUAAUAAUUAUAUAGAGGGAGACAUGAUAAUGACUUGAUUUAUAUGUUACACAUAUUUCCAAAGCAAACAUUAACUCCAUAAAUGCAGCAAUAGAUUUUUGAGAGGGCAGAAGAAUUCAAUUUUAUAUUUGAAAAAAUGGAUUUUGAGGAUUUUAUUUUAAUAUCCUAUAAGGAUAGCACUUUGUGGACAAACUUGGAAUAAAAAGUUAAAACAGAAUCCCUCAAAUCCUUUUAUCUUAAAUUGUAUUAAUAGUAUUCAAAACUUAAAGGAUUCAUAGAUUUCGAUUAAGAUUAUGUUUUUGUAUAGGAGGAUGAAGUUUUUAUCAUUGAUUAUGGUAUUAAUCAACAUGUAAUGAAAAAGCAUAAAGAUCUAGAAUAUACAACAAAAACUAAAUCUUAUCUUUUUGGGUAACUAAUUUUUAACCUGUUAAACAAUAGAGAUAUUAGCGACAGAUUGUUAUAGUGCACUGACUAAUAUCAAAUAGAUACUAUCAUUCAUUAAGCAGCUGAAAAUUAAAAAUUUAAUAAUGAAAUUUUAGAAUGCUUAUUAAAACUGCUCAAAUUAGAUCCUAACCAAAGGCCGACUUUUGAAGAAGUUGGACAAUGGAAAUUGUUCUAUUCCAAAAAAGAUUUUUCUAAAGUUAACUCAAGUGUUCUUGAUUUCUCAAAUAAGAAAAUUGGCACUUAAACCAGUCGUUAAAAUUAAACACAAAGAUCAGCCAGACCACAAUCUUAUGAUUAGAAAGUUAUGAACUCUGCACAUAAUUAAUCAGUCAAAGCUGCCAUCUAAAAACAAAGAAGAUAAGCUCCAUCAACAAAUAAAGUAUGCUCUUCCUACGUAUUUGCAUCUUAAAUAAUCACUAAUAAUAUUAAAAAUAAAAAGUUCUAAUCAAACAUAGCUAAUCUUGCAACUCAAUAAUCAUUCUUUCAAUAAACAGGCUAACAUUUAUACACAUCGGAAAUGAAUUAAAGUUAAUAUCCAAAAACUCAAAAUCAUUUUUUUGCAAAACAGCCUGAUUAAUACUAGUAGACAUCUUAAAAAGGUUUUAAGGAAUAAAGUAAUACAAACAAUUCAUAAUAACAACAACAAAGAAUAGAAAAAAAGUCUCCGUUUUUAUUUGACGGGUCUCAACCCCCUAUCAUAAGUAUUACAAAGCCUUAGAAUCCAUAACCUCUUAUUGGCUAAAAUCGCAAUUAGAAUUAAGAGGCUAACUUUUUUAAUACCAGUAGUUCAAUUCCUUCAAAUUAUACAUCUCCAAAAUAAAACAUGUAUUAAAACUAGAAUACAUAAUAACAAUAAUAAUUACAAUAACAAUAUUAACAAUAAUAAUAAUAAUAACAACAAUAAUAAUAACAAUAAUAAUACUAAUAAUAACAAUAGUAAUAAUAGUAAUAAUAGUAAUAGCAACAAUAAUAAUUUAUUACUCACAUUCCUCAGAAUUAAACUUAAUUUUAAUAAUAAUAAUAAAAUUAAGUUUUAGAUGAUAAUCAAAGUUUUCAUUUUAAAUCACUUCCAUCAGAGGAGUCUAGUUAAAAUUAAAAAUUAUAAAAAGAUGAAAAAUAAUAACCAAAGUUAAAAACCCCCUUUUAAUUAGCUUAAAAUACUAACGAAGAUGAUGUAGAUGAUAUUAAACUACAUCAAACUAAUAAUUUAAAUUCAAAUUAGAACAAAGAUUAUAAUUAAUGGAAUGAGAAAGAUAAAAAGUAAGAAUUUUUCAAAAAACCAUAGUAAGAAAAUAAAUUAACUUCAAAUUCAACAUUUUCCAAAAAAGAAGAAGUUUUAACUAAUAAUAUAAAGAAUUAAAAGGCUUAAUCUAUCAACGAUCUUGAAGAACCUCCAAUUAUAAGACCUAACAAAUCGCUCCAACAAGAUGUUUAAAAAUAAUAGAAACCCUCUGUUGAGAGUAUUCAAAGUCCUUAGGUUAAUUAGGUAGAUCUAAAUUAGACUUUUAAUGAAUAUGUAUAGAAAUAUUAUUCGUAUUUAGGGAUAAUUUAAUACUUAGCAAUUACUGUGGCGGAUUUAAAUGAGAAACUGAGCAGUCAAGGACCAAUUUGGAUAGUACCAUUAUGCAUUGUUUUCAAAAGAGCUUAUGAGAUUAGAAAAUUAAUUGAAAAAGAUAUAGAAAAAUAAAAAAAUAUUUUUGAACUUAAAGAUUUUGUAAAAUUCAGAUCUUCACCUCAGUACACAUAAUUAUUUGAGAAUAUUGUAAAUUAGAACAAAGUAAUGGAGAAGGAAUUUUUGGAGAUGCUAGAAGUAGCUCAAAAGAACAUGGCGGCGAAAAAAGAGAUGGAUAAAAAUUCAUAAUAAAAAAUGGCAGCUCUUCUUAACCUAGAUAUCAAGAAAUCAAUAAAGGAAUAGGCUGAAAAAUAUCUAUAUACUCAAAUUUACCCAAGAGUAACAUUAUCAAUUGGAAAACUCAGAGCAAAAACAUUACCAAAUAAUAAAUUUUCUGAAUUAGAUUGGAUUCAAACUAGACUAUUGAGUUUAAUUAUACACAUUUGA